CCCAGUGCUUUGCAAGGGUUCAUAUUGCAGAACAGUCACGUAUGAAUAUUUGUAGUUAUAAAUACUUGACUAAUCUCCAGGGGUGGGGUUUCCAACCCUUUAAACAACCCCAUUGCCUGUUAUCAAGCUCUUUGCUCUAAGUGCCAGAAUUGAUUGUGGUAGCACAUCUCUCACUGAGAAAUAAGUAAAAUGGAGCAUAAUGGGUCUGCUUCAAAUGCUGAUAAAAUCCACCAGAAUCGCUUGUCGAGUGUUACCGAAGAUGAAGACCAAGAUGCAGCUCUCACCAUUGUGACUGUGCUGGACAAAGUAGCCUCCAUCGUGGAUAGCGUACAGGCAAGCCAGAAGAGAAUAGAAGAGAGACACAGGCAGAUGGAAAACGCAAUAAAAUCUGUCCAGAUUGACCUGUUGAAGUUCUCACAGUCACACAGCAACACAAGUUACAUAGUUAACAAGUUGUUUGAGAAAACCCAAAAAGUUAGUGCUCACAUUAAAGAUGUGAAGGCCCGCGUGGAGAAGCAAAAAGUACAUGUUACAGAAGUUGAAUCCAAGCAAGAGGAAAUAAUGAAGAAAAAUAAAUUCCGUGUGGUAAUAUUCCAGGAGAAGAUUCCAUGUCCGACAUCCCUGUCUGUUGUUAAAGACCAAAACCUAACCGAGACUCAAGAGGAGGAGGAUGAUGGCUUUGACCCUCCUAUUGAUCUCUCCUCUGAUGAAGAGUAUUACAUUGAAGAAAGCAGAUCUGCUAGGCUUAGAAAGUCAGGCAAGGAGCGCAUUGAUAAUAUCAAAAAGGCAUUUUCCAAAGAGAACAUGCAGAAGACACGGCAGAAUUUUGACAAGAAAGUGAACAGAAUUAGAACUAGAAUAGUGACACCUGAGAGGAGAGAGAGGCUCCGACAGUCAGGAGAAAGGCUCCGGCAAUCUGGUGAAAGAUUUAAGAAAUCCAUUUCUAAUGCAACUCCCUCAAAGGAAACUUUUAAGAUGCGUAGCCUCAGAAAAGCUAAAGAUCGAACUGUGGCUGAAGGCCAGGAGGGCGUCCAGGAGCUGGGUGUGGACAUCAUUGCCAGGAGUGAGUCUCUGGGUCCCAUCAGUGAGCUCCACCCGGAUGAGCUCAGUGAAAUAGAAUGCAGCGAGGCCAGAGCAACGUAUCCUUCCCACGAAGGAGGGGAAAUCCCGACCCCUGAGCCUUUAAAAGUUACUUUUAAACCUCAGGUGAAAGUAGAUGAUGAUGAAUCUCUUUUGCUAGGUUUGAAGCAGUCAGCAUAA